AUGACCAUAUCUGUUUCGCAAGUGAAGCGUGAUGCAAGAAGUCUCGCGUCUUUAGUCGACGAACAGCUCUCUGCCUGUCGCGCUUUGAGGUCGGACGCUACGGUGCAGAAGGUUCUGAGCGAGAAUCAUACGACGUCUACACAGACUAUACACAAACAGUGUGCAUAUCUCUUGCUUACGCUGAAGUCUGACAUUCGAGAGCUUCAUCAAAAAAUUGCGUUCGCCACUGAUGCAUCUCCAGCAGACGUCUUUCGACGCACACGCCAACUCGAAGAGAACAUUCGGCAAGCAGGGCGAUCCAACGACACGACGACAAAUCUCUUAGGAGUCAUGAGGCUUCUUGAAUUGAAAGAGUCGAUGAGUGUUGAUAUUUUAUCUAAGUUGCUUAAUGAAAAAAAAGCAUUUGAUGAAGAGUAUGGCAUUGUUUCAGAUGAUUCGGUUGCAACACAUGGGAAUGCUAUCUCACAUAGUUUUGAAAGCAUAGAGCAUCACUCUUCAACUGAAACACGAAUGUCACUGCGACUCUACUCUCAGUUCAUUAUUCUCCAGCGCGUCCUUGCCUCACUGCUUUCACUGGGAACAAAAGACAAAAACGGCCAAAUUGUUGCAAUCAAUAUGGUACAAAAAGAAAAGAUGGCGCUGGAAUCAGAACUUGCUCGCAUUUACGAAAUAAACGCCGCCCUGCGGUCAGACAACGACGAGCUAGUCAAUGCAGAGAUGAAAAAGCGGCAGCGCAUGAAAUUGGAAGAACGCGAAGUGAUGAUUCGUAAAAUAACAUUACAGUGCGAAGAGCUACAGCGUGAAAACAACAGGAUUCUUAUUGAGAAUGGUCGUCUGGUGGAUGUCGUAUCAGCAUUGGAGACUUCCCUGAUUGAGGUCAGGGCUCACGCUGCUCGUGAGAUGGAUUUUUUUGCACCUCGGAUUCAGGAGCUUGAGUCGAGGACUGGAGGCCUCACAAGCAAGGUUGAAAAGCUCGCCUUGGAUAUUGAAAUGAUGUCUGGUCUUGUAUGGCACCACGUCCUGGAAGUUUGUAAUGUUGUUCAGAAGCAUCUUAAUCUGGCGACAGAGCUAUCAUUACAAAUAAAAUUGAAGGCACAGUCGGAUGGGAGAUUGUCUACAGACUUGCAGGCGGCCCGGUCAGAGCUCGAUAAGAUGUCGCAGCUUGCAAUGCGACGCGGUCAUAUCGCAUCUAUUGCUAUGGUUGCGAGGCGUACCACUCAAUCUAAGAGCAAGCAAAUUUUGGGGGAAAUCGAGAAUUUGGCAAUAAAGAUGAGUAACCUACAGAUGCAGAGCGAUGCAAAACAAGCCAUACUGGAUGUCUACUACAACCAAACCUUACAGCUCAACGAGGAAAUAAAAACAAGACACGAGCGAGAACGAUUCUGGAAAUGUGAGUCUGCGAAGAUCCAGGCCGAGUACGAUGAGCACAGUGUCGAGUUCGAGUCACUAAAUCGACGAUUUGCUGCAAUGUUUGAGAACGGUAUGACAGCAGAGAAGGAACAUGAGUUCGUCGCUAUGCGAUCCGAUCUUGAAAAUACUAGAUCACAUAAUAAAGAACAGUAUUAUAAGAUCCAAGAACUCGAAGCACGUAUAUUUGAGCUGGAACUCACUAUGGGCUCUGUUGGCUCUGACGGCAAGAAAAUCGACCGUAAUGCCACAAAAACUUGA